AUGUCUCCUCAAACUGUAUGUCAGACCGAUUUCAAACCUUCCGAGUUGGGUUUUGGUGCAGGUGCAUUGUCAGGCAACUAUGACAAGAUUGAAUCGCACUGGCCUGUAGAGGCAUGUCGUGCUGCAUUGCGUGGUGGUAUCAAUGUAUUUGACACGUCGCCGUAUUAUGGAGACAGCGAGAUCAUCUUGGGUGAUGCUCUUGAAGCCUUGAAGAGCGAAUACCCCAGAGAAUCCUAUUACAUUCAAACCAAGGUUGGACGAUACGGCUAUCGGCCUCGUGAUUUCGAUUAUAGCGGCAAGCGAGUACGAGAGAGUGUGAUGGAGAGCAUGAGACGACUCCAUACGGAUUACAUUGACGUGGUGCUUUGCCAUGAUGUCGAAUUUGUCGAUUUCAAUGACGUGGUUGGAUCUGGUAAUGCUCUCGAGAGUCUUUUUCAACUCAAGGAUGAAGGUGUGAUCAAAUACGUUGGAUGUUCAGGAUAUCCUCUUCCUGUAUUGCUCAAGAUUGCAGAACAUCAACACUCGAAAGGAAAGCCGUUGGAUGUGAUUUUGUCGUAUUGCCAUUACACGCUGCAGAAUUCAAAAUUGGCCGAAUAUGUUCCGAAAUUCCGUGCUGCUGGUGUACGCUAUAUCGCUAAUGCAUCUCCAUUGGGUAUGGCUCUCUUCCGUGACGCUGGUCCACCCGAUUGGCAUCCUGCUCAUGCUGAUCUACGCGAGGCUGCCAAGGCAUGUGCUCAAGCUGCCAAGGAGAAUGGGCUCAACAUUGCAGAACUCGCUUCCAUUUAUUCAUUCAGUGGUCGUGAACCUAGCAACUUGGAUUGUACCUAUAUCGGAUGUGAAAAUGCAGAUGAUGUCAAGAGAGCAUUGGAUACAUUGGAACGUGUCAAGGCACGAAAACAAGGUACUGAAACGCCCUCCGAACAAGAAGUCCAGGUCCUCGAGAAAAUACGUUCAUUGUUGGCUCCUUAUCAAAACUAUUCUUGGCAAAGCCCUACACCAAAAGAACUUGCUGCCUAA